AUGCAGUCCACAAGCCCACUGAAAUGGUCCACGUGGAAUGUGCCCGACGCACGGGACUCAGCAGAGUCCACAUCCCCUCUCCACUUCUGCGAUCCUGUCCGGGACAGAAGGUGUCCCUUGAUGAGCAGGACCGGCCAGUUGCUCUUGCCGGGACCUUCACCCAGAGUCAAAGACAGUCCACAAUCCAACAAAAUGGUUCACUUGGAUGUGUCUGAUGCAUGGGACUCAACAGAGUCUACAUCCACACUCAACUUCCGUGAUUCUGUCCAGGAUCAAAAGGUGUCCCUAGAUGAGCAGUACCAGUCAGUUGCUCUGCCAGGAGCUUCACCCAAAGAGUCAGACCUCCUGUUUCUCCAGGAAGACCUGCACAAAAAUGUGGAGGAACCACUGGAGUUUAUCUCAGAAAAUGAAUCGUGUAUACCACUGGGGAGAUUUGACAAGUAUGCUGCAAGUAAGGACAUAUUUGAGAGAGAAAUGGCUGCCAGGAGUUUAAUGGAUACAUUGAGGGCAGUAUCUGCCAGUGAAAGUGCUUGUAUUUCUGUUUUGGAAAGAAUUAGUAGUUUAGCUGAGGAUCCAGAACCAAUUGUGAGAGCAGAGCUAAUGGAACAGGUGCCUCACAUUGCAUUAUUUUUUCAAGAAAACUGGCCUUCCGUAUCCUAUGCUUUUUCAAAUUUCUUACUACCUAUUGUGACUAGAUAUCUCACAGAUGAGAAUCAUGAGGUAUGGAAAAUAAGUCAAGAAUCUUUGCUGGCUCUGCUGAAGCAGGAACUGAUUGAGGCAUUUGACUUGAAGACACAAGUAUGCCCUGUGCUCCUAGAGCUGACUGCCCCAGACAGGGAUGAAUAUAUAAAAGCAAAAACUUUGGCUACAAUGUGCAAAGUGGCUCCUAUGGUUGGCAAGGAUAUUACAGAAUGCCUCAUCCUCCCUAGGUUUUGUGAUAUGUGCUAUGAUUGGAGAAAUCUUCAUAUUCGAAAGAUCUGUGUUAACUAUUUUAGUGAUAUUUGCAGUGUAGUGGGUCAGCAAGUUACUGAGGAAAUGUUGAUUCCAUGUUUUGUUCAGUUAUGUUCUGAUAAGGAAUGGAGAAUCAGAAAGGCUUGUGUUAAGUGCUUUGUGAAAGUUUCAUAUGCAACCAGUCUUGAAAUCCGAUGGUCCAAACUAUCAGCCCUAUUUAUCAACUUGAUCAGUGAUUGCUCAUUGUCAGUUUGCCAAAAAGCAUUUAAGUCUCUGGGACUUUUCAUAUGUUCUUUUGCUAAUCCAUCUUGUUCAGGUCACCAUUUUAAAGCAGAAAUCAAAAGUUCACAAGACUUGCCAGAAGAUAAAAAUAGGAUCAGAGAUCAAAAAGUCUCUGAGGAGGUAAGGAGGUCUGAAGUGCAAGAUGUUGUACCCCAGGCUUUAUUAGAUCAGUACUUCACAAUGACUGAUCCCUAUCUCAUAAAAACCAUUGAUACCAAAAUUGUUAAGCAUUGUGCAUACAGUUUCCCAGGUGUUGCUCUGACUCUGGGUCAGAAAUAUUGGCACUGUCUCAAAGAAUUGUAUGAGUCUCUGGUGUCAGAUGAAGAUUGGGAGGUUCGAAGAACUUUAUUCUCCAUCCAUGAACUUGCACUUAUCCUUGGAGAACAGUUGACAUCUACAGACCUGGUUCCAAUUUUUAAUGGAUUUUUAAACAACAUUGAUCAGGUCAGGUUAGGUAUUCUUUUACACUUACAUGAUUUUCUGAAGAGUCUUCCUAUUGACAAAAGAAGAGAAUAUCUUUAUCGACUUCAGGAGUUUUUAGUGACAGAUAACAAUAUAAAUUGGAGAACUCGAAAUGAUCUGUCUGAGCAACUGAUUUUACUUCUAGAAUUAUAUAGUCCCAGAGAUGUUUAUGACUAUUUACGUCCCAUUGCCAUGAAUCUCUGUAGAGACAAAGUGUCUUCUGUUCGUUGGGUUUCCUACAAGCUGGUCAGCAAGAUGCUGAAGAAGUUGCACAUGGAGACACCCGAGACCUUUGGAGUAAGUCUCAUCAAUGAGCUGGUGGAGGAUUUUUGCAAGUGCACCAAGUGGUCUGGUCGGCAAUCCUUUGUCUACAUCUGUGACAUUAUCAUUGAAAAUGAUUGCCUCCCAAUGGACAGGUUUUCUACCCAUCUAAUGCCACAACUGCUGACCUUGGUGAAUGACAGAGUUCCAACUAUUAGAAUGGCACUUGCAAAAACAUUAACACAAACUCUCCUAGAAAAAGAAUGUUUCUUAGCCUCUACCCGUUAUCAUCAAGAUGCUGUAGAGCUUACCAUCAUGACACUUCAGAUGGACCAAGACCACACUGUCAAGUAUUUUGCAAGCAAACAUCCUGCCAGUACCAAAAUCGCUGAAGAUGCCAUGAGCGUACCUUCCUUGACCUACUAG